AAAUUAAUAUUUAUUUAGACUUUUCUACUAAUAUUCUAAAUCUUUUCUUUUUAAAAUUCAAAAUGGUCAUACGCAGUCUCAUGAAGCUUGUACUAUUUUCUACUACCAUUUACUUGGCCAAAGAACUAGGAGUUUGGGACGAUCCAAUUGAACCCACAACCAGUAAACUCAGAAUAGAAGCAGAAGAACCUUUGGAGACAAAAAAUUCAAACGACAAGUCAGAGGAGGGCACAGAUAUUGGGGCCACUAUAUCGAAAGAACUCCAAAAGAAAAAACAAGAUUUGGAGAAAAAGUUUUGCCCCAAAGACUCCUCCUGCUAUUCCCCAUCAAAGCCACUAGGCGAAACCAUUGGCGAGGCGUUUUCUAAAACAUGGGUAGCCUUAAAAGGUAUUCCGUCCUACUGGGGCGCAACCUUCGAAAGGAUAGGCGCUAGGAUUUGUCAGUUUUUCAGGGGAGAUAAAUAAAAGAACUUUACAUUUAAAUUAUAAUCUAAUUAGAAGAAUGACAAA